AAAAUACUAUUCAAUCAAAGGAUUUUCUUUUAUGAAAAUUUUCUAUUAAUGCAUUGUGCAAAAGUUUUAAUAAUAUAUAUAUGAUAUGUUCGAGAAAUUGGAUAAUAAAUUAGUAAGACCCAAUUUAUAAGUUAUAAUAAAUUAUUAUGUCUCAAAGAAGUAAAGUGAUACAAUUGUAUAAAACGCUUUUGUAUAUGGGACAUGAUCAUCCAAAAGGUUAUGAAUAUUUUAGAACAAGAUUAAGAAGAGCAUUUAAUAAAAAUAAAGAAGAAUGUAAUCCUGAGCAAAUUGAUAAAAUGAUAGAACAUGGAAAUUAUAUUAUAAAAGACAUGGCUGUAUGUGUGGCUGUUAUUGGAAAAGAUAAUUCUCCCAAGUAUAUUAAAUGUGCAGACGAGGCCCUUGCAUUACAAUUUCAUUAUAAAGUGCAUACAUCUAUUGAUAUUAUAGAAGAAAAGUUAAACAUAGGAAACAAGACAGCAGUUGAUAUUCGUGAUUUAUAUUUAGGUUUGUUACUUACCACGGAAGAGUUUAAAAUCUAUGGUUAUGCUACGAAUACAAAAAUUAAAUUUGUGAUAGUAUUACAAUCAUCUAAUAUAUCAUUUCGAGAUAAUGAAGUAAAGACGAUAUUUAAAAAACUACAUACUGCCUAUUCCAAUGCCGUUUGUAAUCCAUUUUAUGUCCCAGGCAGUUCAAUCAAUUCUAAGUCAUUUGAUUCAUCUGUAACGGAGAUAAUGGGAAUUAUAUAAACUCAUACAUUCUUUUAUAUAAAAUUACUUUACCAAUGUUAUUGAUUCAUUCUUUGACUUUAACCAUAAAUAAAUAAUAUCUAAUAUAA